AGUAAACCGGAAAAUACACUGGGAAAACUCAAGAAAAUGGACAUGAAAUUCGCCAAAACCGGGAGAUGUAUGCUCACAAUCAUUUUCUGCCUUCUGGUAUCAUCAAUUUCAGAGGCUGCACAAGUAACCAAAAUCACCACACCAUUAGAACCAACAGGAGGAGUAAGCGUGAACCAGAACCAACCAAUUCUUGGUCAACCUUCUUCUUCUUCACCUGUAAACCAGCCUUUAACCGGGUUAAGCCAACCAUUAAUCGGAUUCAAUCAACCUUCAUCAACUGGUUUGAAGCAACCAAUUCUUGGUCAGCCAUCUACUUCUUCUUCGGUAAACCAGCCUUUAACCGGGAUAAAUCAACCAUUAACCGGAUUUAAUCAGCCAUCAUCAACUGGACUCAACAAUCCAAUUCUUGGUCAGCCAUCUACUUCUUCUUCCCUUAACCAACCUUUAACCGGGUUUAAUCAACCAUCAUCAACUGGAUUCAACCAACCGAUUUCUUCGUCUUCUUCUUCAUCAUCAUCUGCUCAAAAUCAACCCUUUACGAAUCGACUCAACCAGAACAAUCUCUCUGGCGUUCCAUUUCUUAAUGGAAAUUCAAAGUUGAAGGUCUCCGGCACAAAGAUUAUCUUUAUCUGGAUUGGUCUUUUCCUUGCUUUGCACGGUACUGACAGGAACUGAACCCUACACAUCCUAUGGAGUUUCAUCAAUGUAUAAUUUUCAUUAUAUUUGUUCCAUAACUUUUCUUAUUGUUCUGUCUUGGGUUCUAGUUUAAGAGUGUGUAUGUAUGUAUAAUUACUGAAAUGUUAUUCUUCUUCUUUUUGUUAUUUGCUGAGUGUUAGAUCCGGUUUUAACUCCAGUUCCGGUUCAGUCUAAUUUGGUUUUUCUCUUUUCCGAUAUAUGGAAUCAUGGAGUGUAUUAUGAAGCAAACUAAAACCAACAUAUGAUAUAGAAAA